UGCGCGAGUAGGCGGGACUUCCGGUUGUAACCCGCACCCGGAAGACGAAGACAGGAUGCGAGCUUUUCGACCGCCUGUCGCUGCAUCCAUAUGCUCGCCUUCUCAACACGUUUUUAUGUGAAUUUCGGUGUUUUUUACGCUCGCAAAAUUUCCCAAGAUGUUAUCAUUUGAUUUCCUUGACGACGUGCGUCGCAUGAACAAGCGGCAGCUCUAUUACCAGGUGCUGAACUUUGGCAUGAUAGUUUCCUCGGCUCUGAUGAUCUGGAAGGGUCUCAUGGUGGUCACAGGCAGUGAGAGUCCCAUCGUUGUUGUUCUCAGUGGUAGCAUGGAGCCAGCUUUCCACAGAGGAGACCUCCUCUUUCUCACCAACCGUGUUGAGGACCCCAUCCGAGUGGGCGAGAUCGUUGUCUUCAGGAUAGAAGGCCGAGAGAUCCCAAUUGUUCACAGAGUUUUAAAGGUUCACGAAAAGGAAAAUGGAGACAUUAAGUUUUUGACCAAAGGGGACAAUAACGCUGUGGAUGACCGAGGUCUGUACAAGCAGGGACAACAUUGGCUCGAAAAGAAGGACGUCGUGGGACGAGCGCGGGGGUUUGUGCCAUAUAUUGGAAUCGUCACCAUCCUCAUGAACGACUACCCGAAGUUCAAAUAUGCCGUUCUCUUCAUGUUGGGUUUGUUCGUGCUGGUCCACCGGGAGUGAAAUCUGCGUACAGGAAAGCCGGGACAAAAAAAUCCAAACCUCAAGUCAUGACGCCUUCAACACAGCAAUGAAGUUACACUCUGUCCAACUUUUCUUUUUGUACCAUUUGUUAAGGCAUUUUGUAGAAAUGGGAAUAGCUUUAAAAAUAUUUUUGUGAGGGAACAAGGCUAUUAUAUUAUUUUCAAGUGGCGCAUUCUUAAACGUGGUUUAAGCACUG